AACAUAUUUAUUUUUGUUUGUCUUAUAGUUUAAUUAAUAUAUAAGUAAUACAAUGAUUAAAAAGUGCAGCACAGGUGGUUGCUUGUUUUGGGUAACAGUUUUCCACCUGGCAACGCCGUGCGCAAUGUUUUUGUUUUGAAAAGCUCUCGCCUGCCCACUCCCACAGCCGCCCCCUUCCGGCCUGGUCACUAUCUUUCUCGCUCUCUCUCUCAGCAUCAGAGAGCGCGCAGUUUUCGCUCAUCGACUGUUUUUGUUUGUUUUUUCUGCGUGCCAGUGUGUUUUCCUUUUUAUUUUUUUUGUUUCUGCUUCUCGCUGCAAUUUGCCGACCGCACUCCAACUGACACACACACACAUAUGUACGUACAGUUUCUAUAUAAAUACAUACGUACAUAUAUGUACCAGCGUACGAAAAAUAUCAGGCCGGGCGGUUUGAGUUUGGCCGCUUUCAGUUUUUAUUCUAAGCCCCACUUCAAAUAUGGGUUCCACAUUUGAAAAAUAUUUGGAAUACAUGGCCAAUAAAUUGUACGACACAUCGAACGAUGACGACUUCAAAUCUGUGCGGGACUAUAUACUACGUAGGAUAGUAAUGGCUAAUGAUUUGUUGACCUCCACAUUUGAGGUUGAAUACUUCGAUUUUGGCAGCAGAGCUCUGCAAAUCCCAAAUUCUGACAGCGAUUACGACGUCAUGGUAGUGCUUAAGUUUCCCUAUUUCAAGGAUAUUUUCGUGCGGACGGACCAUCAUCGUCCUGGAAUGUAUCACUUGGACUUAAAGGAUGUGCCCUAUAACAGCUUCACAGCAGACAACCUGCUGGAUAACCGCUGCUACCUAAGCCGGGAUAAGGUCCAAACUUUGAUGCAGUGCAUCCUUAUGAAUGCCCACGACCGCACGGUGAGGAGCUAUCGACUGCGGUAUCGUCGCGGCCAAAAUUGCCACACCAUUAUCGCUGAAUCAAGUAAACGUACGUUCUCCAUCGACUUUGUGCCGGGAAUCAAGAUUCACUUCGAUGGAUUCGACUGCCACGCUGUCCCGAAGGAGGCACCAGGACCAAAACGGUCAAACGGAUGCACCUUUAUGAGGAUCCACCCUGCAAAUGAGAAAUUCUAUUUUAAAAAGGGCGGCAAGAAGAUCCGAGACGCCGUAAUGUUGCUGAAGGCUAUGUGCGAAGCCAAGAACCUGCCCAAAAUUCGCAAAUACCACUUGGUUUCAUUGGCCAACGCUCUAAUAGAGGAGGACAAUUUCAAAGACUCUUCUUUGGAGUAUGUCUUUCUAGAUUUACUUUGCGAUCUUGCAGAUGCCUUUGACAACGGUCACCUUUCGUACUUUUUAUCGGAUCUGAAUCUACUCACAAACUUCAACCCAAAUCAGCUCCUCGCUUACAGUGAUGCUCUGGACAGCGCUUACUCCACACUUAAAACCUAUCCUGGACAAGACAAUCUAUCUUUCGCACGGUGCAGCUGGCACUUUUUUGAUGAUUAACACUUUCUUUUUAAUUUGGGACUAAAACUAUAGAAGUAAUUAAACAAACGUCUUAAUGGACAAUAGAAAUAAA